AUGGAUCGCUUGUCGCGGCCGGCGAGCCCGGGCGGCGGCGGGCUGGGUUACGCGUCGCGGCGGGGCCUCUACGCGCAGGCGGCGUCGCAUCACCACCAGGCCGGCGGCGGCAGCGCGCAGACGUCGCCUGGCGGAUCCCCGAAGGAGCUCUCCCCUGUCCACCGCCACGCGCGGGCGGGGUCCCUCGGCGGCGCCGGGGCGGCCUCCACGGCGGGCCGCCGCGCGGGGGUCGGCGCCGGCGCCGGCGCCCGCGCGCAGAACAGCGCCGCGCGCGCCGCCGCGCAGCGCCUCGCGCGGGUCAUGGGAGGCGGCGCAGCCGGGGACGCCGGCAGCGGGAGCGACGAUGACGACGACUACGAGCUGUCUGGGCCCCCCAUCGAGCUCUCCAACACCCCGCGCCGCACCUCCACCCGAUCCCCUUCCCCCUCGAUAGGCCGUUACCUUGCGGAUCAGACGCAGGUGGGCCGGCCGCCGUCGCUGACCAACCGUUACACGGCUGGGAAGUCGGUCCCCAUGAUCCCGUCGAUCAAGCGGCCAGCGACCAGCGGUGCAGGGGCCGGGGCUGGCUCAGAGUCUCCCAUGCCGAACCGAAGGGAGCAGAGGAGAUCAGUUGAUCUUGGAAGCUCAUUGAGAGCUCGUCGUACAUCUUCUUCUCUUAAUGAUGAGAUUAACACACUUCAAGUGGAAAAUGAAAGCAUGUAUGACAAACUUGCAGAAGAAAGGUCUGAUGAUGGAGAUGCCAAAUCCAUGCACAUGGAGGGCGAGGAUUCUGAUAUUGGUGAUGCAGUAGAAACAGAGCCAAUUUUGAUUAGCAGGAAAGACGCAGCACUAGACCAAAGAAAGAUUGCUAUGCGAAUUGCUUCGCGAAGGUCCAGCAGUGCAAGCUGUAAUGAGAUUGCAACCCUUAAGUCAGAAGCAAAGGUUACUAGUAAUCUGGUUACAUCUGUAUCUCGGAGAGUGAAAAGUGCUAGAUCAGAACUGAGAUCUCUUCAGGCAACAGCCAACAGAAUGAUCCUGUCACAGGAAGAGCUGGAGGAGGUGGUGCUAAAGAGAUGUUGGCUGGCCCGCUACUGGACAUUAUGUUCUAAACUUGGGAUACAUUCUGAUAUUGCUGAAGAAAAAAAAGAAUACUGGUCCUCAUUUGCACCACGUGCACUUGAAGCAGUUCUAUCAAUUGGGCAAAAGGCAAGAGAUGGAACUUUAUCAGAUAAUGCUGACAUGGAGAGCAGAAGCAAAAUGUCUGAUGUAAAUGAUAUAUCUAGUGAUGGCAAUAUUGAGACCAUGCUUUCAGUUGAGAAAGGAUUGCGUGAAUUGGCUUCACUCAAGGUGAUAUGGAAAACUGGAUUAUCCAACUUCAGAAUCCUACUGCUACUAGAGUGA